GGCACCAAAUUUUCGUGCUACUGCUUCAUUGACGUGACACGUAAUCGCUUGGCCGGGCCGGGAGGGUUCUUCGCUUAGCAGUAACAACGGAGUAGCCCUAAAAUGAGAAAGCGCACACAAUGAAGAGAAGUUACCUGGUUCGGGCCCUCACCCGAACCCGAAAUAGGACCUCAUUGCUCACCCGCUCCUUGUGCUCCUCAGCUUCUCAGCCUUCGGGUGCCGACGUGGCGCUGAAGAAUGUGACGAAGUCGAACUUUGAGCCGGCGCUGGCCGAGCUGCGGCACCAUGUGAGAGAAGCAGAUUUCGUGGCGGUCGACUUGGAGAUGACGGGGGUGACCAGCGCGCCGUGGCGUGAGUCCUUCGAGUUUGAUCGAUCCGACAUCCAGUAUUUGAAGAUUAAAGACUCCGCCGAGAAAUUUGCUGUCGUUCAGUUCGGCGUCUGUCCCUUCCGAUGGGACCCACAUAGCCGCUCCUUUGUUGCCCAUCCGCACAACUUCUAUAUAUUUCCAAGGCAGGAGAUUGUAGGUGAUGGCUUAUCUUAUGAGUUCCUGUGCCAGACAAGCUCGUUGGAGUUCUUGGCGAAAUAUCAGUUUGAUUUCAAUGCAUGUGUUUAUGAAGGAAUAUCUUAUUUAUCCAGAAGCCAAGAGGAGGAAGCAUUGAGACGAUUAGACUCAUUAUACAAGGAUGAUAGCUCUAAUGCAUCAUCUAACUUCAGGAAUGGUGUGGAGACACAGCUGAUUAGUAUGGCAGAUAUUCUGUUUGCUGAGAGAAUGAAGAACAUGGUCAGUGAAUGGCGGGCUGGACUAUUACGAGAGGGAGGUGGGGGACAUGAAAUUCAGGGGAACUUGAAUGGAAUGAGUCAGAAAUUUCAGACAACUUUCUUCCACAUGCAUCCAGCCCUUGUAGUGAAUGGCUUGACUUCGCGCCAGCUGAGAUUGAUUAAGCUGAUCACCGAAAAGCACUUCCAAGAUCUUGCUUAUGUCUACGUGACUGGUGAAACUUCCAGCCGGCAACCGUUGAUAGUCUAUACGGAUUCCACAACAGACAGGGAAUCCCUGAUGAGGGAGGUUAAAGCUUGUCAGAGGAAAGAAGCAGAAACUAAGAUUAAAGCUGCAAUUGGGUUUCGACAAGUUAUUGAUCUGCUUUCCUCGGAGAGAAAAUUGAUUGUUGGUCAUAAUUGUUUCCUUGAUCUUGCACAUGUUUACAACAAGUUCAUUGCCCCUCUUCCCUCGACUGCUGAAGAAUUCGUCUCAGCUUUUCAAACAUACUUCCCACAUGUAAUUGAUACUAAGGUGCUGCUAAACUUAGAUGAUGCAUUACUGCGUAUCGUUGGGAAAGGCGGCACAUCACUUUCCAAAGCAUUUGGCUUACUCUGUCGACCUAUUGCUCCAAGUAGCUCAAGCACUGUUUUGGCAGGUAAACCACGUGUUAUAGUGGAAGUUGAAGUGGAUGAUCAGAGGUUUCCAAAUUGGAACUCUGGAGCGAAGCAUGAAGCUGGAUACGAUGCUUUUAUGACAGGGUGCGUCUUUUCUCAGGCAUGCCUCCAUUUAGGAAUUGAUUUUAGCUCGCAUGCAGCAGCGGUAGAUUUGGUACACAAUGAGAAGCUCCAAAAGUAUAUCAAUCAUUUAUAUCUCAGCUGGGUGAAUGGAGACAUCAUUGAUCUGAAAACAGGAAAGGGUGCAGCUGAAUCGUUGGGUUCUACUAGUGUCAAGCGCCAUCAUCCAAAGAUUGUGUUUUCAAAUAUGAUUUUAUUAUGGGGACUGCCGUCAAAGCUUAGAGGAAAAGAUAUUAAAGAUUGUUUUUGUCAAGUUUUUGGGAGAGGCUCUAUUACUUCAAUCUACCAUUUGGAUGAAACUGCAGCACUCGUUCAAUUCAGCAAAGCAGAACUGGUGUCCGACUUUCUUAUAUUGAAGGAUACCUUAGGACGAGAUAAUGACCCAAUCUCAGUUUUGCAUCCUCUAUCAAGAAUCUUCGAAUCUGGAUGUGUGCGUGCUGCCAGCUAUGAGACAUACAAAGAGAUCUGCAGUUCGCCGGUAUCAGAACUGCUAUUCACGGAUCAGGCUAAGGCAGUUGGAAUCAACUGGAACACCAGACUGGUAGAACAAGCUAUUGGGUCUGAAAACCAGGAUGAUGAGACGUGUGAGAAAGAACGCAAAAUAAAUGCUAUUCCCAUUUGUCAAGACCAAGGAAAGACAAGCCCUGGAACUAGUGUGUCUGAUACUCAGUCAAGCUGCCAUUUUCCAACUGAUGAACUUGUAGAUUCUUUUUAUCCCUCUGAAGCUCAGAUGAGCAAAUAGAGUGAAAAUCUGCUUUACGGCCUGUGCUUAUUUCUUCAUAUUCUCUUCUGAAAUGACAGCAAUCCUUUGUUAUUGGGUUGACCAGGACCGGAAUAACAGAUGCAAUUGAAAAGAUAAAAUUUUCGACAAA